AAUCAUAUUCAUAAAUCAAACAAAAAAAAACCCAACUUUAAAUACUCUUUCUUUUUUCCAUUUCACAACAAUCAAAAUCUCUCUUUUUUCCACAUUCAUCUUUCCUCCAUACUACCACUAUCAAAACCCAACAUACAUAACAUACAAAAUCACACAAAUUUGAUCAAAUUUCUUCAAUAAUCUUCGAUCUACAACAAAACCAUAUAAUAAAAAUCCAAUCUUUAUCAAAUUUUACAACAUAUAAUUAAAAUGGGAAGUAGUAGUACACAUCAUAAUUACAAAAUGUUCAUGUGUUUCAACAGAAAGUUUAAGAUCAAUGAUACACAACCACCAUUUGAUGUGGUUGAAGCUUUUACAAUCUAUGCUGAAAAAGGGACCCACAUGAAUCAAACACAACUACAUCGUUUUAUGGUUGAGUUUCAAGGUGAAGAUAUGUCAGAAAACGACACCGUUCGUGUUCUUGAUGAUAUUCUUCGUCGUAGAAGACAUUUAAGCAAGUUUACAAGGCAUCAGUUGACUCUUGAUGAUUUCUUCUUUUUUUUGUUCUCUGAUGAUCUUAAUUCUCCUCUUAAUACCCAGGUGCACCAUGAUAUGACUGCUCCUAUGCAACAUUAUUUCAUAUUUACAGGUCAUAAUUCUUAUUUAACGGGGAAUCAACUAAGUAGCGACUGCAGUGAUGUACCAAUAAUCAAGGCGUUGCAUAGAGGAGUCAGGGUGAUUGAACUUGAUAUAUGGCCUAAUUCAGCAAAAGAUGAUGUCAAUGUUCUUCAUGGAAGGACCUUAACAACUCCAGUAUCACUCCUCAAAUGCUUGAAGUCUAUCAAAGAACAUGCUUUUGCAACAUCUCAUUAUCCAUUGAUAAUAACUUUGGAAGACCACCUUACUCCUGACCUUCAAGCUAAAGUCGCAAAGAUGGUUACUGAAAUAUUUGGGGAGAUGCUGUACUGUCCCGAAACGCGCUUAGAACAAUUUCCUUCACCAGAAGAAUUGAAGUUCAGAAUUAUUCUUUCAACCAAACCACCAAAAGAGUACCUUGAGGCCAAACAAAGCAAAGAUAAAGGGAGCACUUCACCUGGUUCAUCUGGAGAUGAUGCACAGCCCAAUGAGGCUCCAGGUGAUAGUGAGAGUGAUCAGGAUGAUGAAGAUUGUGAUACUGGUUCUGAAAGUAGUAAAUCUGGUCAGUUGGUUUCCCCACAGUACAAGCGUCUGAUUGCAAUUCAUGCUGGGAAACCGAAAAAUGGGUUGAGAGAAUCACUUAGAACUGGUUUGGACAAACUUAGACGUCUUAGUUUGAGUGAACAAGCUCUUGAAAGGGCAGCCUCGAACUAUGCACCUGAUGUUGUGAGGUUCACACAAAAAAACUUUUUAAGGAUUUAUCCCAAGGGAACACGUAUUAGAUCUUCGAACUACGAGCCAUUGGUUGGAUGGAUGCAUGGGGCUCAGAUGGUUGCAUUUAACAUGCAGGGAUAUGGUAAAUCUCUGUGGUUAAUGAACGGGAUGUUUCGAUCUAAUGGUGGUUGUGGCUAUGUAAAAAAGCCUGAUUUUCUGAUGACAAAAGGUUCAAAUGAUGAAGUAUUUGAUCCAAAGGCACCGUUAGAAGUGAAGAAGACUUUAAAGGUCAGAGUUUACAUGGGCGACGGAUGGCGCUUGGAUUUUAGCAAAACUCACUUUGAUACUUUUUCUCCACCAGAUUUCUAUGUGAAGCUUCGCAUACUGGGUGUUCCAGCAGAUUAUGCCAAGGAGAAAACAAAAGUGAUUGAAGAUGAUUGGGCACCUGUAUGGGACCAAGAGUUUACGUUCCCUUUAACUGUUCCAGAGUUGGCUCUGCUUCAGAUUGAAGUAAGAGAAUAUGACAUGUCAGAGAAGGAUGACUUUGGAGGCCAAGCAUGUUUACCAUUAUCAGAGCUUAAGACUGGAAUUCGAUCAAUCAGACUCCAUGAUAGGAAAGGAGAGAAACUCCCGUCUGUCAGGCUACUGAUGAAGUUUCAGUUUGUUUGAGUUAUAGUUUAAGCAGUCUAUGAAGUGCGGAAGCCUUGGGGAACUGAGGCUUCCUCGUUUCCAAAAUCUUCCCAUCCCCAAUCCUCAAGCCAUUUCCGUGUUAAUGCAUGAAAUGAGGAAUUGACUAGUGUCUUAGAGUUCCUCAGUACUGAAACCUCAGCUGUUUUCGUGUUACCCAACUGCGGAUAUUAGAGUGCAUACUAUAUAGCAGCCUAGUUCACUGUUCUGAGUGGCUUGCCUUGCUCGAAGACUUCAAUGAUCUGAGUAUUGUAAGAGAGAAAAUUAGCUGAUCAUGCAAGGCAGAUGUUAAUUAGGUUUCUGGAAUGGUAUAUUUUCAUUUCUUAUUGCUAGUUCUUAAGCACAAUUCUGUACUGUUUAUCCUUGAUAUUAACUUGAACUUGAAGCAAGGAAUGUACUAACAGUAGAAGUUGUCCUAUGUUGAAGCAAUAUAUUGUUAUGAGAUGAUGAGAAGUUCUUAAGCUCAUUGAUCUUGUUCUUGUUAUUGUAAUAGAUUAUGAAAUAAUGAGAUAAUAGUAGAUUUAUCAA